GCAGUGCAUUCACAUCAAAUGUCUUAACUCUUCACCGCCAUAGAUUGGAGCACCCGGCCUCCUUUAUCUGCCAUGGCUUCCACAACCAAAGAGGUCCUCACCGACCUCUCUCCGAUCAUCAAAGUCUACACCGACGGCACCGUCGAGCGCCUCUUCGGCUCGCCACACGUUCCUCCCUCGCCGGAAGACCCCACCACCGGCGUCUCCUCCAAAGACACCAUCAUUUCCCCAACCGUAUCCGCCAGACUUUACCUCCCGAAACUCACGCACCCCACUCAAAAGCUCCCCAUCUUAGUCUACUACCACGGCGGAGGAUUCUGCGUCGAAUCCGCCUUCUCUUUCUUCGACCACCGCUUCAUGAACCUCUUAUCCGCCGAAUCCGUAGCUCUGGUUGUCUCCGUCGAAUACCGUCUCGCUCCCGAACACCCCCUCCCCGCGGCCUACGAAGAUUCCUGGGACGCCCUCAAAUGGGUCUGCUCCCACGUUCUUGACCAAACCCAUUUCGAGAAAGAUCAGUGGAUCACCAACCACGCCGAUUUUAACCGGGUUUUCAUCGGCGGCGAUAGCGCCGGUGGGAACAUCGUCCACAACAUUGCCAUGCGUGCUGGGUCGGAGUCUUUACCCGGAAACGUGAAAAUCUUGGGUGCAAUUCUCUCACAUCCCUACUUCUGGGGCUCUAAUCCCAUCGGAAACGAACCGAAAGAAGAUAUAGAGCAACAUACAGUUUACAGGCUGUGGUUAUUCGUAUACCCGUCUGCUCCCGGUGGCAUUGAUAGCCCAUUGAUCAAUCCGCUGGCCGAUGGAGCGCCGAGCUUGGCCGGGCUGGGAUGCUCCAAGAUUAUAGUUUGUUUGUCAGAGAAGGAUCUGUUAACGGCGAGGGGUUUAGUUUACGCAGAGAAAGUGAAGAAGAGUGGGUGGAAAGGCGAAGUGCAGGUGGUGGAGAUUGACGGAGAGGAUCACUGCUUUCAUUUAUUUGAUCCGCAAACUGAGAAGGCCAAGAAUCUCAUCAAGCGCUUGGCUUCUUUCAUUUCACACUGAAAUUUGAAUUAAAUGAAAUUAAUUAUUAAAUAAAUAUAAUAUAUUUAUUA